CAAGCCUACACAGGAGAAUUUUUUUUUCGCCGGUAUCUCCAUAAAUAACUCGACCAAACAGUAAAAGUUUGGCUAAACUUGCGAAAUUUUCUACAAUUUUACUCUUGCGCUGCUGUUAAACACCGACCUUGAUCACAACCUUGAAGAUUCUUUAUCUUUUAUACUUUUCUACAUCAUGUCGCUGCGGCAGGUGGCUUUCCGAGAAGAUGAUAAAGAUGUUGCUCGCGACGAGGACCACCUGUUUAUUCGGAUGAUGAACCGGGGGACCUCCGCUUGCCGCCUGCAGCGCUACAAGAGUUCCUGCCUCUUCCUUGCCCUUCUCGCGUCGAACGCUAGUAUCAACCGCUCGGAAGCCUUCUCCAUAUCCUCAAACGUUCGGAACAAAAAGAAAUCCAGCAAAAAUUCUGGCGGGCGGAAGAUCAAAGUUGGGCCGUCGACGUCCUACUCGUCGAACAAGAAAAAAGCGAACAAAAUUCAAGAUGCUGACGUCUUUUUGCAGAAGGAGAAUCAUGUCAACAAACCUGGGGUGUUCGGAGAAGUAGAUGAAGUUACACCGACUUCUGUCAGCCACCCCGCGGCCACACCAGGUCGACGUCCCAACAGUGCGCUCGAAGUUGUUCAUAAUUUCGCGCAGCAGGAGCAGCAGCAGGAGGAGGAACAACGGCAAUCAUCCAAGGCAGGAGCUCUUCUCGCCACAACCGAGAGCCAGCGCGCUGGGCAAAAGAAUCGCGGAGGACCGAUCACAAAUCUGCUGGAAGACUCCUGCUGUGGAGGGGGAGACGAGGUCGCGACAAGAGCAGAUGAAUCUUCGGAGCAUGUGAUUCAGUUUGAUCGAACCGGUACGAACAUGCAUUGCAAGUAUGUGUGGGUCUGCUGGAAAAUUGUGCUGCAUGAUGUCAAGGAGUAGUAAGUACAAUGUAAUGUUGCUGCAGCACCGCCAAGCAUGACAGAUUUUUCCGUGGCUCUGUGUUGGGUAUUCCGCAUGAAUAAAAACGGUUGUACUACAGGUAUCUCAACUGUGCUUGUGGAUCUCAACGUUGAGACCUCACAGCUCAACGUUGAGAAAUAUAUCUCAACGACCAGCAGUGGUUUAGGGUUUCGGGUUCCGGCCGGCGGCGGCUGCCCUGCCCGACGACUCUCGUGUCGCUCUCCUGCGCUAUUCAUUGUUGCCCGGCCCGUUUUGCGCGCCCCGUUGGCUUGUGUGCAUUGUGUCUCACUAUGCGCGCAGCCUCUGUGCGUUUUUCUAACUAUCUAUGAGCCCGCUCGCCGGCAUUCGUGUUGGCGGGACCUCUGAGAGGUUUGUUGCCCGGGCUUGAUGCGCACCUUCACGCCACGGAGUUCUUCUGUGCGCAGACCGUUGAGACCAGUCGUUGAGCUCUUCGCGAAUCCGUUGAGGCGUCUCAAAGCGUUGGGGCGCAACCGUUGAGAUUCACUCGUUGAGAUUCCUGUAUAACAACCAAGAAGUUUUGUUACGGGCGUUUGGAGACUCUGUUUCGGAAAUGGAAC